AUGAAGGUCUUUUCAAACGAUUGCUCAUUCAACUACUCGUGGGAGGAGGUAUCAACGGCGAACUGGAACAAAUACUGCCCCUGGAACGACAAAUCAACGCACGUAAUUGCGGUUGACACGAUAUCGCGAAGCGUUGAUUCAGAUACUGGAAUUCUGCGAACAGAACGUUUGAUAACGUGCAAACAAAGUGCACCGAAAUGGCUGAACUCGUUGAUGGGAGGCAAUGAUACAUCGCACGUCUUCGAGACUUCAUACGUUGACCCGGCAUCGAAAAAGGUCACCAUGAUCUCCCACAACCUCACGUUCUCGAAUAUCAUCAACGUCAGGGAGACAGUCACAUACCAACCACUCUCGGCAACCCGGACACAGUUCGUGCAAGAUGCCAAGAUCACAGCUUUAUGCGGAGGAUGGCAGAAGGUCAAGAACGCUGUAGAGGAUGCAACCGUCACGGCUUUCUCGGAGAACGCUCGAAAAGGAAAGGAGGGGUUCGAAGCGGUUUUGGAGAUGAGCAGGAGGGUCUUCCGGGAAGAGAAGCAGAGGGAGCAGAGUCAGCAAGCGAUGCUGGCGUGA